CGCGUAUAAACACGCAUCGGUCUCAUCCGCCAUCUGGCUCACCCAUGUCAGCAGCAGCAGCACACCAGGCUCGGCGAAGGAUCACUUAUAAACUUGCGGGCCGAUGCACUUGCCUCUCGCGGACGACCGGAAGCGCCAUGUCUACAUCAUUGCGCGACUGCUGAACAAGGGCGCGACCCGCGUCCCACCAGCCAUUGUAGCCAAGAAGCUCCUCCGGCUCGCCACCAAGAUGGAGCAGCAGCUCUUUGAGAUGACGCAAGGCCGGCCGCUGGGCGAAGACUCGAUUCGGCAACACCUCGUCGCCCUCGCCCAUGCCGCGUGCAAGCGAACGAGCACGAAAAGCCAAGUCGAAGUCGUUUCCGUCUGACGACGCUCGUUGUUUUGUCAUGUCGACUCGGUGUCGUGUCCUAGUACGUGUACGUGGUGUAUAUUUAACAAAGUUGUCUGUUGUGACGAAAGGCGUCAUUUGCGAUUGCAAUUGUGGGAUUUUCGCAGCUGAUGGCGCGUGCGAGUGCCGACUGCCGCUGGAUCGUGGUUUC